AUGAAGAAACGUUCUGUGUCAUCCGGUGAUCGCAGUACAGGCGAUUUGCGUCGGUAUUUGACGAAAAAAUCAAGUGCUCCACCAACUGAUGAUGGCGCCGAUGAGACUGAGAGAACAAUUCCAAAUCCCCCGAGAAAUGAGAGCGGUCCAAUUCCACCAAUCAGCGAGAGCACAAAUCCUGCAACCAAUGUGAGCACAAAUUCCACAGUUGAUGAGAGCACACAUCGACCUAAGAGGCUUCGGCUAGAAUUUGAUCCUAAUCACAUUAUUCCUGACCCCGCUCUUCGGAUACCCAUCGAAGAUUAUGCUAAUGAAAUUAGAGAUGAAGUGAGGAGGGCAUAUUUAUUGAAGGGUCGAACAGAAGCAAAUGGGCUUGUCUUUGAGCAGACACUUGAUGGUAAAGUAUGGAGAUCGUUUCAAAGAUCAUGGCUUGGUAAGUAUGAUUGGUUGGAAUAUAGUGUGAAAGAGAAUGCCGCCUUUUGCUUCUACUGCUUUCUUUUCAAGAAAACAGCACAACCCAACACAUUUGGAAAUGAUGUGUUCUCAAGAGAUGGGUAUAGUCGUUGGAAGACCGCUACUGCUGCUUUUAAAAAACAUGUUGGUGGUCCAAAUAGUUUCCAUAACAUUGCAAGGGGUAAAUGUGAAGAUUUCAUAAAUCAACGAUCAAGUGUGUCUAGUAAAAUACAUGCUUACUCUAAAGAGUCUGAAAUAGCGUACAAAAUCCGUUUGACGGCUUCUUUAGAUUGUGCAAGAUAUCUCAUAGCACAGGGGGAAGCUUUUCGUGGACAUGACGAAUCUUCUACUUCCAUCAACAAGGGAAAUUUCAAAGAGUUGUUAGAGUGGUACAAAGAUAAGAAUAGUGAAGUGAAGGAAGCAUUUGAGAAGGGGCCAGGAAAUGCACUUAUGGUUUGUUCAGAUAUUCAAAAGCAACUUGCAAAAUGUUGCGCUCAAGAAGUCACAUCUGUAAUUAAGAGUGAAAUUGGAGAUAGGAACUUUGCAGUGCUUAUUGACGAGGCUAGAGAUUCAUCAAUAAAAGAGCAAAUGGCUGUGAUUGUGAGGUUCGUGAACAAUCAAGGGAAGGUCAUGGAAAGGUUUCUUGCAAUGAAGCAUAUUUCAGAUUGUACAUCUGCCGCAUUAAAGGAAGCUCUGCUACACCUUCUUGCAUUACAUGAUUUACCUAUUUCUAGGCUACGUGGACAGGGAUAUGACGGAGCUUCAAAUAUGAGGGGGGAAUUUAAUGGUUUGCAGAAAUUGAUUCGAGACGAUAGUCCACAUGCCUUCUAUGUCCAUUGCUUUGCUCAUCAAUUACAACUGGUGGUUGUAACCAUUGCUAAGUGCAGUAAGUGUAUUUCUGAUUUCUUCAACCACGUUCCAUUGAUAGUUACUCAAGUGAGUGCAUCUUGCAAGAGAAAAGAUACACUAAUUGCAAAGCACCAAGAUGUCUUGUUGGAAAAGUUAGAAAAUGGUAAGAUCUCAUCUGGAAAAGGGCUGCAUCAGGAAUCUGGCCUAGCAAGACCUGGAGAUACUCGAUGGGGCUCACACCUAAAAACCUUGCUCCGUAUAUAUCAGAUGUGGGAGUCGGUAGUAGAUGUGCUAACAAUUGUAAGUACCGAUGCUCGUGAACACUCUAGUGUAGGUGGAGCUGGUGGUUUGGUAAAGAAGAUGGAAUGCUAUGAAUUUGUUUUCAUCCUGAACUUUUUAAUAGGCCUGUUGACCAUCACAAAUGAUCUCUCACAAGCUUUGCAGAGGAAGGAUCAAGAUAUUGUUGAAGCUAUGGGUUUAAUCUCAGAUGUGAAAACACGCUUGCAAGAUGUCAGGGACAAUGGGUGGGAACCAUUACUUGACCAAGUGAAAAGUUUUUGUGAGGAGUAUGGCAUAAAUGUGCCAAAUAUGGAUGAUCUUACUGUACCAAUGGGUGAAUCUGUUCGACCGAAGAAUAAAGUGACUCUACGCCAUUAUUACAAGGUCGAUAUAUUCAAUGUUGCUAUUGAUGCGACUAUGACUGAGAUAAAUCAUCGCUUCAAUGAAGUUUCCUCAGAGUUAUUGGUAUGCAUGUCUUGUCUUAAUCCAAGCAACUCCUUCGCUAUGUUUAAUGUUGAUAAACUUGUUCGACUUGCUGAGAUCUAUGAAGCGGAUUUCACCAUCUCCGAUCGGUUAAUGUUAAGAAGUCAGCUACAAAUCUUCAUUCUUAAUAUCAGGAGAAGUGAGAAAUUCCAUGGGUGUUCUGAUAUUUCCAAACUUUCUCAAUUGAUGGUUGAAACAAAAAAAGAUAAAACAUUCCCAUUGGUUUAUCGGCUUAUUGAGCUUACAUUGAUCCUUCCUGUGGCUACGGCAUCUGUUGAGCGAAUAUUUUCAGCAAUGAGUAUCAUCAAGACAGAUUUGCGAAACAAGCUAUCAGAUGGGUGGCUCAAUGACUUGAUGGUGUGCUACACCGAACGGGAGAUAUUCAAAAGUAUUGAUGAUGCUAAAAUUACGAAGCGAUUCCAAUCGAUGAAAGAUCGCAGAGGACAUUUGCCGAAAGAAAGAAACGUAAUAACUUAGAGAUAUACAUAAUUAUUUUGAAUUUACUAUAAUUUUGAGCCUAGCUAGUAUUCACUGAUUUUGCUUAUUUUGAUGUGCAGGUCACUUGAUAGCCGAUGCAUACUGUUAUGUGGGGACUAAUUCUCGUUAUAUUAGCAACUUAGCAAGGUAUCUAAUUGUAUUUUUGUGUUUUUCAAUACUAUCACACAU